UCAGUUGUUAACCCUGCUAUUUUUUCCUACUUUUCCUAAUUUCAGAUUUUGAAGCCCUAAUUUUCACGAAAACCUAGAAAACCAGAGAGAAGAUGCAUAGCGAGGCUCGGCGGAUGCAGAUCUUCGUUGAAUCGCCGGACCUACAAACUCCGACCAAAACCCUAACCCUUACCCCGACCAAAUCGCAAACCCUCCGAAGCCUCAAGCUCUUUCUCUUCCCUUCCGAAAUCCUCUCUUCCUGCUACUUCACCUUGAACGGUAAGCGUCUCGAUGACGACUCCUCAAUUCUUAGUUCCCAAAUUGCCCCUCUCUCGACCCUAAUUCUACGCUCCAGAGCCCGCGGCGGCGGCGGCGAUGGCGGCGCCACCGGAGCUGAGUCCCGCGACUGCUACCUCAACAUGUACGCCGAGAAGAAGCCCGACAAGGUCGAUCCGAACGAGCAGAGACUCUCCAAGUGGCUGAAUUGCGCCUUGUCGAACGAACCGUUGAAGGAGCCCUGCGUCGUGGAUUGGCUCGGUAACGUGUUCAACAAGGAAGCUCUCGUUCAGGCCUUGCUCGGGAAGAACAUCCCCAAGGCGUUUGGCCACGUCAAGGGCUUGAAGGACAUGAUCAAGAUUCAGCUCUCGGUGAUUCCCGGCGUCGAAGAGGACGGAGAUCGCGAUUCGGGUGCUCGCGCGCGGUUUCAGUGUCCGAUCACGGGGCUCGAAUUCAACGGUAAGUAUAAAUUUUUUUCGCUGAGAAAAUGUGGGCAUGUUUUGAGUGCCAAGGCUUUGAAGGAGGUCAAAACGUCGUCGUGUCUCGUCUGCCAUGUUGAGUUUUCGGAGAGUGAUAAGAUUGUGAUAAAUGGAAGCGAUGAGGAAGUUAUGGUUUUGAGAGAGAGGAUGGAGAUGGAGAAGGGAAAGUUGAAGGAGAAGAAGGGGAAGAAAGUGAAGAAUGGAGGGGAUGGUUUGGAUUCGGAUUCGGCUCGGUUGAGCGGUACAAAGCAUGGAAUUGGCGAUGGUGUUAAAGCUGAUUGGAAGGCUUUGUCUAAAGUGGAAGCCGAUGGGAAGGUUGGGAAAGCUGCGAGUAAUGUCCGGAUUCCUUUUAAGAGUUCGAGUAAUGGUAAUGCAGCUAAGCGGUUCAAAGCCACGGAUAUUGCUCCAGCGAAUGCAAACAAGGAAGUGUACGCUUCGAUUUUCACUUCGUCAAAGAAAUCCGAUUUCAAGGAAACAUUUACGUGCAGAUCUCUCCCGCUUGGUAGGAAUUGAUUUUGGCCAGGUUUAUGUGAGAGGAGUGAGUGUGUUCUUGGUCUGGUAUCUGUUCUCUUGGCCAGGUUCUGUACUAAUCUCAAAUAUCAGAGUUUAUCCAAAAUUGACAUUGAACGUAUUGAUAUUGUUGUGUCCUCACUUGUGUAAUUGGUUUUUACCAAAACCUUUUCUCUUUAAUGUACAAUAUCAUUCUAUAUAA